AUGAAUGAAUACCAAAAUGAAGGAGACGAUCGAACAGCUACUAUUUCAGAUGAAAAUAAUGAGCAAGGAGAGUUCAUUCAUUACAUUGGUACAUUAAAAAAAGCAGAACUUGAAGUAUUAAUUUCACAACUUUUUAAUGUUACUACUGACAUACAGAUUUCACUUGAAGAAAGGAUUGUAGCACUCAGAAAAAUCGAGUUAAUAUCAAAAUAUACAAAUCAUUUUAAUUUUAAUUAUUUUGAUGUUUUAUUACAAUGCAUAUUGUCACCAGACUAUGAUAUUUCACAAAUAGCAGCCAAUGUAAUUAUCAUUACCAUUACAAACAGUACUCAUUUCGGUGAAGAAAUGUUUUUAAAUAGUGUAAUUCACAAAUUUAUCGAUCAAUUCUCAAAAAGAUUCGACGACAUUCUUCUACAGAUACUCAAAUCAUUGUGUAAAAUACCAACACUGGCCGAUAAAUUUGCAAUUUUAGGUUUAAUCGGAGUAAUUCAGAAAUACUACUACGAAUGUCUCCAAAACAUUCAUUCUUCUGACAAAAAAGUUUCAUCAGAAGCUCUUACAUCCAUUCAUGAUAUAAUAUCUAUUUAUCUUGAGCUAAUUAAAAAUAUCCAAAAAGAUAUCGCAAUUAUUCCAGGAAUGCUUCAAGAUAUAUCGCACUUAAUGAAUAUUCUCAUUUACUACCAAUUUCCUGAUCUAUUUUUGGAUUCUCUCUGUUUUAUUUCAGAAUUAAUGCCAAUAGUUUCCCAAUUCAUUGAUAAUGAUACAAUUAAUAUGGUAUCAUUAGCCGUUGAGAUAGUAGAUCUUUUUGAAAAGGUAGAUAGUGAAAUGGCUACAAUUUUUUGCAGAUUUUAUGAAUCAAUUUCAAUUCUCAAAUAUCGUGAUGAACUGGCGCAAUCAGUCAUAUCCGAUGUAAUAUUAGAGUUCUAUAACACAUGGAAAUUAACACCAGAAAGCUUUUCUUGCCUUUCUAAAUUUUUCACUUGUAUUUUACCGGUAAAAGCAGAUAUAGCAGGAAGAAUAGUUGAUUCAGGACUAAUAUAUAAGUUUGUACAAUGCUAUGACUCAGGAGAACCAAAAAUUGUCUCUAGAAUUACAGAAUUUUUCGCAAUGUGCUGUCAUCCACCUUUUAUUGAAUCAGUUGCAGAAGUAGUGAUCAAUAAUAAGAUUAUUGAAGAGAUUGCAUCCGUUUUAAUCACUUUUCCAAAAGGAGAUAAAAGAAUUGGAAAAAUUAUGGACGGAUUAUGUAGUUUGCUAACAUACUCGAAAUCAAUUGGGGCAUUCGAAAAGGAUGAUCCUUUAAUUUCUCAGUUUCUUCAACCAGAUUUUCAGGAUUUUAUAGAAAGUAAGUCUGAACUGAAAGAAACUGAUGAAAUCUAUUACGCUAUUGCAUUUCUUGAAAAGAAUAUUGAUGAACUCGAAGAAAUGUAA